AUGUCCAAGCUCUGGGCUGCCUGUGCUGAAGCAGGCCCACUUGCCGCGCUGCCCCUGGAGAAGAUCCAAGGGAUUGCCUGCGCCUUUCAGGCCUUCUACCGGACUUUUAGAUGCUUCCGCCGGAUCCUUCGACACCAGCGCACGACUCUCGAAUCGUAUCACGAAUUCCAACAAACCUGGGAUGAAUGCAACGAUUUCCUCCACCACAAUCCAGGAUGGCGCCAAGACACCGUGCCACAGACGACGCUGCUGCACGAGAUUGCCUGUUAUGUCUACAAUCAUGAAGAUCUGGACCUGCUCGAGAAGCGCCUGCAGUUGCAGCUGCACAUCAUGAAUGCGAAGCUAGAUGAUAUCAUUCUGAAUCUGUUUGCCGUGGUCUUGCGCCAGUCCGAGGUGGUUUCGGACGGAGCCGCAGCACAAUAUGACGAGACAUUGCCAUCGACGCUCACGUCUGUCGAGCAGAAUACAUGGCCACUUUACCGGCAUCUGAUCGAGCUUCGUGAAGCUAAACCCCCGUCUCUGAGUGCAGCACACUGUGAACAGCUAUGGAUACUGGUGGUUGCCCGAUUUCGAGAUCAUGAGCUACCUUGCCAUGGAACCCAGUUGAUGUUCUCAAGAGACUUCCAGUUGAGCGAUAAGAAAACACUUCGCGAAUACUCCCAGCAGUCCUUGAAACAGCGACAGUCAGCCUACCGCACUCAGAGACCCGCGCCAUACCUUCGACGACGUGUCUAUAGCCAUGAACAAGGCGGAAACCUAGCAACCCUGUAA